AUGACCUGGGGGUUACUACGGCUUCACGAAAUCAUCUCUGCGGAUAAGAUGGAUGAUAAGUUGCGAGCGGUCGUAGACUUUAUGAAAGAUCGCGAACGAAAUGUUAUGAGCGGUUGCGACGGCGGUCAGCUGAUGUUCAACGUGGUAAUCGGUGACAAGGCUCUGCUCUUCAACUCGCAUCUGGGAGCGUACGAAGGUAUCAUGCGGAUGAUUGAACCGCGACCGCAGGUGGUUGUUCUGGGCAUUGCCGGAAGGGCGAACCACAACGGUCGGCCAUUCGAAGGCUCCGCAGCACAGUUCGCGGUAAAACAGCUCCAGUGGCUUGAGGAGCCCAGCAAGGUCAUAUGGUGCUUACACGAUGAGAGCAAGAGACGAAAGUGGAAGUCGUAG